AUGGGCAGCCAUGAAGUCGUUUUCGAGUUCUGCGAUUAUUUGCCCCCUAAGGCGCCGACACGCCGAGCCGCACCGGGACCGGCUCCUGCGCGUAGACCCAGUGCAGUCUCACAGUCGCAGACUCAGUCUACCAAGGCCUCGCUGGAGCGAGAUGCCACCGAGCAAACUCGACGACCCUCUGCAACUCCUGCGAUUUCGGUGGAGCCGGAGUUGGACGACAAUGCGCCUAUCGCGGUGGCUCCUCAGGAACCCGCCGCGGCUGCUCCCAAAGCUACCGCCACGGCAAUUUCCAUUCCUCACCCUAAGCGCAAACCCUCUAUCUCCACACCUACCCUCCAGCAAGCAACUGUACCCGCACCUACACCCGCAUUCGCGCCUGCACCCAAACGUGGACGCGCACCUUCUCUUACUCACGAUGUCCCCACCUCCCCCGUCAGUUAUGCGAAGAAGACAUCGGAGAUCACCAAGGGUCGUAGGAGGACGUCUGUACUCGCCACUUCUUCUUCCUCUCAGGGAGUUGUACCUACAACUGAAGGCGCAAGUGAAACACCUGCACCUUCAUUGGACCCAUCCACUCCAGAUCCUAGCCAAGCGGCUGCUAAGGGGAAGCGAAAGGCAUCCAAGGCCAGCACCGAGGCUGAUGGAUCCGAGAAAGCGAAAAAGGUUCGGCGCCGGAAGCGUGAACCCACUCCUGAAGGUGCAGAGCGCGUGGAGAUCUUGCCCAACGUCGUCAAAAUGUCGGAGUUGUGCAAGGAUCUGAAGACUGGAAGGAAGUCAAAGCGUGAGACCGAAUUGCGCAAACUUGAAAUCGAGGAACAGGAGCGGAAGUGGAAGGCUCAGGAAGAAGGCACAAAUGGUACGCCCGUCAAGAAGACUGCCGAACCCGAGAACAAUCAGGAAGACCGCCUCCCUCCUCCCAAGCCUCAAGCUGGUCCAGUUAUGCGCAUUGUCAACGGUGAGAUCGUCCUUGAUACAGCAUCGCUCGAGGUGGACCGUCACGCGGAUGCUGCACGAAGCGCUGGAGAUCUUGAGGAUGUCGUUGAGAACCAACUCACGCGCAAGAUCAAUCAGGCGACAUACGGCAAGCGUUCUAAAACGGAGACCUGGGAUGAGGAAUUGACCGAUCUUUUCUACCGUGGACUGCGCAUGUUUGGUACCGAUUUCAUGGUUAUCAGCAAACUGUUCCCUGGAAGAUCCCGUCGACAGAUCAAACUGAAGUUCAAUAAUGAAGAACGACGCGACCCUCAACGUAUCAAGGAUACUUUGCUGGGCCCUCGUGAAACGAUCGAUAUUAAAACCUAUUCGGAGAUGACCCAACAGACAUUCGAUGACCCGAAGGUCAUCCAACGAGAACUUGAUGAUGAGAAGAAACGCAUCGAAGAUGAGCACGAAAAGGAGAAGCAACUUCAGGAGGAACUGAUGCGCAAUCCUACUGGCACUGGCAAGGACGAGAAUGCUGAAGGCGACAAACCACCCACCAAGGUUAAAGGACGUGGCAAGAAAGCCAAGGCUCAGAGUGGAGGUACCGAAGAAGUACUGGGCUCCAUCGACGAUAUCCCGAUGGCCUAG